UUUAUUUCAGACAAGUGACCAAAAACAUCCAAAGGCUACGCACGUGAUAAAUUCGUUUAAUGAGUUCACUUAUUAACUGAUAAGGCAUUCAGCCAUAUGGACAUCAGUUAAGGGGAACAUGGCGUCGAUUUCAGUCAAGGGAUUUUUUGCAAUAUUAGGAGUGUCCAUUUUACUGACCAGCCCACGUGAGGUCGAUGGUCUAGAUUGCUUGGCCUGCACCGGCCUGCCUUAUCCGGGUGAUUGCAAUCAACGCAUCAAAUGCACUUCGACAGAGAAAUGCUCCAUCGAACAAGUUGUCACUCAGGGCGGCGUGAUUGCCUAUAACAUGGGCUGCAAGGCAACUCAGUCGUGUCCAGGUACUAAACGCGGAUCCUCGGCUUCACAAAACUUCGUUGAUUUCGUGUCGAGAAAUGACGUCGCCGCUGACGUCACUAGCGAUUUUGAAGCAGAGGACGGGCCGAUUGUCGUUUGUUCCGAGUGCUGCAAUAGCAAAAACUAUUGUAACAUAAUGGGGUGCGGAGCAAUAGACGCGACACCCAAAAACAGACAACUCUGUGCAAAAUGCGACGAUGUUCUCACUCCUCUUGAAUGCGAGUCUCUGCAGCUAUGUCCUGACAACCAGCAGGUGUGUUUCACAGAGUUCAUAAACCUCAACGGAGCCGAGCGUUACAGAUUAGGAUGUACCCAGAGAGAGAAUUGCGGAGCCAAUUCAACUUCCACGGCCUCUUCCGCCCCCGAAGUAUCCCUGAUCGGAAAGCGACAGAACAAUGAAAUUCCAACUUUCUUAAAGUAUUGUGCUAAGUGUUGCGACAACGCUGCGUCUGGCGUUUGCAAUACAGAACUCUGUUCGAGAGAUGGCGCCGUUCCUACAGGGACGGUGGUAAAGGAACUUCAGAACCCUCCGCCUAGAAAUGAUUUUUGUUCCGAUCUGCUUUCGAACGCUUGCCCUGCUCUCAUAUUGGACCAACCAGCCCUCUGUCUCGAGACGAGGUACAAACACUUUGGAUGCAGAGAGUCUUGUGGAACAUGCGUCAAUCCUGACCAAGGUGGAAAUGCCAAUACAUCUCAGCACGCCGUUGGACCAUCAGAUUGUUUCUACAACAGUAUGGAGUACAUGGGAGCAUACCGACACACCUACACAAAUAAACGCUGUAUCAAAUGGGAGGACAUUGGUCGCCCCUUGGGCACAUUCCCCGAUGUGAACAUAACAUACGCGGAGAACAAGUGUAGGGACCCAAAUGGACUACGCGGUCAUCCUUGGUGCUAUGUCGCUCCGGACAAGUGGGAAUUUUGUCCUGUGCCAUUUUGUCAAGAGUGCUACUACAGCGACAGAAGCCAUCAGUACAACGGGCACGUGAGCACAGCAGAAGGCGGGGGCAAAUGCGAGACGUGGGCAGCGAUGUUGGCGGGAAAUCCGUCUCUAAAGCCCGAAAUGUUCCCGGAUUACAAUGUCUCAGCAGCCAAUAAUUACUGCAGGGACCCGUAUAAAACAGGGCGCCCACAGUGUGUAGUUGGAGCGCACAGGACGAAUUGUAGUAUACCGAUUUGCAAUGGUCCAUGCCAGGACCGCAACACCGACGUCAAUUGUAACCUGGUCAGCUCGUUCGUCUGUCCCAGUCCCUACCUGUCCUUGACCCAGUGUGCUAAGACGUGUGAAAAUUGCAAUGUCGGAGUAUUACCAAAUGUAGCAAAAGAACCACCUGCAGUCGUUUGCGAAGACAACCCGAUGGCUAGCUGUUCCUUGCUGAGUUCUCUCGUCUGCCAGAAUGAAACAACCGCCAUUAACCUUUGUCCGAAAACAUGCGACGUUUGCGACAAACUGUACGGCAUAAGCACAACCACAUCUCUCGUUACCAUGAAUUCACAACAAACUACAUCUCAAAUGACGACAAUGACAACACCAACAAAUAUGCCAACAUCAACAACAACGCUCAGUACUACGACACUUACGCCAACAGCAACAAAAACCAUUACCACUUCACCGACGACGACAACAGUAACAACCACAACACCAACUACAACAACCACAACCAGUUCUACCACGACACCUACGACAACAACUAUUACCCCGCCUCACUGGUUGGAGUGGGGGCCAUGGAAUUGCACGUUUCUUGAAAAUGGUUGCUUCCAAACUCGAAAAAGGAAUUAUUCUACCCUCGUUUCACCAGGCAACUUGAGUUCCGACCCAUAUGAGCAUGAAGUACAGCCUUGCAACGUAAAUGAUUGCCCAGUUCCAUGUGAAGACACAAUCAACUGCACCGCGGUCAAUGAGUUAAAUGAGUUAAACCCCUGCCAAACGGGCCUGGGUCCUAAAGCAUGCCCAAAGACGUGCCAUCUAUGUGAAUCAGGAUGUUUCGAUCUAUUGAAUUGCUCCUCGGAAGGAGCGCAAGCCUUCUUCUGUCGUAAUGAGGAAGACGCAAUAAUAUACUGCAGAAAGACGUGCAAGAAAUGCGACAAAUAUCCAAAGCCCGUUACCCUGAAUCAGUGCAUGGAUCCCGUUGCUUCUCCGUCAGUCUGUUACACACUUCACAAAGAAAUUUGUAUAUGCGACGACGAGUCAAUUAAAUCAAUUUGCGAAGGCUAUUGUGAUGGGGCGUGUGGAGGAACAAUAAGAAGAAACGAUACGAACAUCGGAUGUCAUACAAUAGACCAGAAGAAAAGACGUGAACUGUUGACGAGGCUUAUUCAUUGAAGAAUGCGACAGUGAUUUUGAUAUCGUGUUACAUCAUGGCGACAUAUUUAAAUAUCAUGUACAAAUACCUAUAUUGUUUUAGUUUGUUUGCGGUCUGCUGGUUUUACAUUUAAUAAAUGUGUCGACAAAAUUG